AAGGACAAAAAGAGGAAGAGACAGGCAGAGUUUCUUCAGUUUACUGACCCUCCCCUUUGGACUGAUUUGGCUUUAUUUGUGAAGAAAACUGAAUAAGAGACGAAUUUUUACACAACCAGAGCUUCAUUUGGUGAAUUUCAGCUAAAAUAGAAACUAACAUAACCCCAAAAGGCGGGAUUUGGCGACAGGGGAUUUCCAUCUGAGAGGAGAAACCGCCAUUUUUCAUCCAUUUCUAACCGUUAAUCAGGUGGACUUAGUUCACUUUUUCCUGCUCUUCGAACAGACAACUUAAGGACCAGCUACACGAAGAACUUGGACUCCUUUGUUCUCCUUUUAUCGAGCUUCAGCAGAAGGUUUGGCUUGACAACUUUCCUCUCCCUCUCUGAGUUUUAAUAAUUGAUCAUCAAGCUUCAUUUGAAAGUGUUAAUGAUUUAAUGGCUUUGUAUCUUGACUGUAAUAAUUUUAUAAAUAGCUGUAAUACUCUAAUGUGAGCAUUUUGAAGUACGUAAAGCUACUAUGAGGAGUUUUUUGACAUUUGUGAAACUGUCCGAAAUUCAUGUUUUCAUUUUUAAGAUUUACAACAGAAAACAAAACCAUCAGCAACAAUCCUGAAGAUUCUCAUUUCCUUACUUUUAUUGUUUGAAACUGGUACAAUGGGAUGGGUUAGGGCCUUGCAGCUUUGUUUUUUUUUUUAUUACAAUGUCCUUGAAAAGUAGUCACAAUGAAUGGCACAGUUGACUUUCAAAAACCAGGAUGAGAUUUGUUGUAAUAAAUCAUUACUCAAGCAUAUCAUGGACAAGUCUAGUCUACAGGGCGUGCCAAUAUUGGCUGAAUCUAAAAGUUCCUCACAGGAAACAGACAGCAGCUCAGAGGGAGCGAAACACAAGGCUUUUUUGAUUUGAAAAUCAUGUAAAGCUCAUGUAACAGUAUCACAUAGAAAUUGUAGUCUAAAAAAGUGCACGAUAACCCCUCUUUAAGACCUUAUGUUUGAGUUUUUUGAAGUAAUCCCCAGGGAACGUAUUGAUAACCUAUUUAGCUGUAUUUUACAUUGUCCCAGUCACAGGAUAAUGUUGCAUUUACAUUUCAUUUGCAUCUAACUCAGGGCCAAACAUAAAUUCAUGUGGAAGUGGAGGGGUUUUUAUCAAUCUGUCCACAUCAAACAUGGUUGAGGUCGCCUACAGAGUGAGGAUUUAUUGUGUUUUCACAACUUACUUGAUAAUCUGACCUCCUUGCUCACUUUCUUCCACGUAAAGUCCUUUUUAUAUGGUUCGCCAGAGAAACAAGUACUACCAUAUACUGUAGCCCAGGGUAGCCCCACACCAUCAUCAUCAGUUCAUUCUUCAAGUGGAUGAACCACCAUCUGACUGUUGUAGACAUAUGUCACAACAAGUGAUUGCUGAAGCUCAGAUUUUUAAACGCAUGCGAAGAAGCAGACUAGUUAGCUGGGCGCUCACGUCACUGACUUUACAUGUAGUUCAUUCACCAAUAGUCUUAUUUGCAUUAGACACAAACACAUCAUGAGACUAAACUGAAAAACAUUCAAGCUUUCAAUCAGCUGCAGGCUGAGCAAUAACUCAUGUAGCACUGAGACAACCCUGUGUGUGAAACUCCUACAAGCCUCACAGGAAAGGUUCUCUUAUCUGGUCCCAGAACACAGGAUCAUAUAAAUCUUUCUAGACUUGCUUGGACUUUCAGGUCUGAGGAGGAGCAGGACACACUGACAUCCAGACCUCUGUGAUAAAAUCCCAGCCAUAUUCUGCUAAAAACCACAUUCCUCUGGUGUGUAGCAAGGCGAUACUUUUCUUAACCACCUUUGACCAAACCCUGAUCAGAAGGGAGAUCUACUUAUGGUCUCCAAAGAAGAGACAAUGCAAGUCUUAAACACCACAUUGCUGUUGCUUAAAGCUCCCUGCUAUAAGGAGGUAACCAAGAGAGAUUACCCAAGGAACUCACAUUUGGUCUCGAAAGACCAGACAAUGUAAGCCCUUAAAACCAAAGUUCAGGCCAUUACAGGUCAUUAAGACAUCCUGCCAUCUGGAGACAAGGACCCACAUACAGUCUCCAGAGGCCAGGCUCAAGUUAAUUAAAAAUUAAAAUAAAAAAUUAAUUCAAUGUUUUGUUUCAAUUAAACCUUUGUUUUCUUCUAUUUUCCCACUAUCAAAGUUGGGUGGUGCCCCUAUCAACGAGUACAUAAUUGUCAUAUUUUCAGAUUAUUGUCAAGUAUUGAUCUUAAGACAUUUACCAUUGCGUCAUGAGAAGCAGUCAAGGAAAUGCACUAAACUGAUUUUAUGAACAUGUAAACACGUUGACUAUGAAGAUAUUGAAAACAUUUACUUGCAUGGAAGCAACGUCAAUAAUCAGUCUCUCAUUCUUGCUUCCAGGUGCUUCUCAAGGGUUUGAGAUCAAGACUUUGCCAACAAGAAGACGAGAGACAGUGAUGGCGUUUCCACUGGACUGGAUAAUGAAACAAAAGAUUCAAGAGAGUGACCUCUCCCCGGAUGGGAAAGUGUGGCUGAAACAAAUCAUUGGAGAAGCAGAGGUGGCUCGGUUCAAGUACGACUGUGGAGACCUUGGAGUUGAACAAGCCCACUCCAUUCGAGGGGAAGUGCAUGAAUGGGUUGAACAGAAUUGUUUCUACCCUGAAGCGUAUGCAGAAAUACAUGAAAUACUGAAAAAGCUUAUCUAUUUGCGGAUAAUCAGGAGAGAAUAUCGCCCCAUCACCAAUAGCCCAAUCAUGGCAAUAGAGGAACCUGAGUCAGCAGGAGGGGGAUGGAGACCUGUGAUGAACUUCAAAGCCCUCAACUGGGAAACAGAAGAUUAUGAAGUCAUUACAGGCGAUGCACAAAGCAGACUGAGGGCGCUGAAGAUCAAGAAAUUCAAGUCCCGCAUUGAACUCGAAAAUGCAAUCUUCUCAAUAAGACUAACAAAUUCGUCACAGAGGAAGACGGCGUUCACAUUCAGCGGGAAAACAUAUGUGUGGAGGCGUCUCCCUGAAGGGUACAAAAACUCAACCAAAGUCCUCCACUCAGCUGUGAAAAACAUCUUGUAUGGCCUUGGAGCAACUAUCUUCAUCAGCAGUGUGUACAUCACCGAUGACACUGAGGAAGAGCACUUACAGAGGCUGCAAACGAUAACACAAAGACUGAGGGAAGCAGGACUAAAGCUCAACCUUGGGAAAUGCCAUUUUGGACAGUUCCAGGUUGACUAUUUGGGGUUCCAGGUCUCAACAGAUCUGGGCAUUUCAGACAGAUACUGGGAGAAGCUGGAGAAGAUCAGUCCACCAACAUCAAAGAAGGAUUUACAAAAGAUUUUGGGAUCGUGCAACUAUGUGAGAGACCACGUUCCCAACUAUCAAAAAUAUGCCAAACCUCUUUAUGAUCGCCUUAAAAAGACGAGAGGUGCCCAAAACUGGCCAUGGAAAUGGACGGCUGCAGACCAGAGCAAUCUUAAUGAGUUAAAGAAGGCCAUCCAUGCAGCUGAAAGACUGGAACCUCGAGACUGUACAAUCAGAUUAGUGGCAGAAAUCAGUUGUGAGGACCAGGAUGCUGUGGUAAAAGUCAGUAAUGAAGGAGCAGGAACAGUGUCCUGGUGGAGCCACACCUUGACCAUGGUGGAAGAGAAGUUCCCACCAGAGGAGAAAGAACUUGCAGUCCUGCAAAAAUACUGGGGUAGGCUGAGGAUGCUUGCAAAGGGCCAGGGGGUUAAAGUCAUUACCCAAAGCAAAAUCCAUCAAUCCUUGAGAAAAGACAUGGUGAUAAAGACCCAAGCCACAAAGCAAAGAUGGAGAAAGUGGGAAGAAAUCUUGCAAGACUCUGAACUCAUGCUCAAUCCCCUUGAACCUUGGAAGUCACUAUGCAUGGACGUAGUUGGACCUCUACAGCCAACAGGAAAGAGGGGGGAGGAAUACCUCUUUGUGCUUGUGGACUUAGUGUCGGAAUAUGUUUGUCUUCACCCCGACAGAGAAGCUGACGGCAGCAGUGCUGUUGCAAUGCUUGACCAGGCCUGCAUUUAUCAAGGGAUGCCCAAAGAGCUAUGGACAGACAAAAGCACUCCUCUUUGCAAUACCCAAGUGGACUAUUGGUGCCAACAACACAGAGUAACCAGGAGCUACUUCCCAUCAUACAUGACACAGGCCAAACAGGUACUGGAAAAAACUAUAGAACUGGUGAAAAACACGAUUGCUGAAAAUUCCAACUCCAAAGAGUGGAGCACAAAGGUCCUGGAGAUAGGAAUGGUCCUGAAUAACAGACGUCGAGGUAACAGGCCCUCCCCUUCCAUGGAGCUGAAUAGUCGUCCAUUCUAACUACAGUGAGUGGGAGGGUCACAGAAGACACAAAAUGAUAACUCGGGUUCUGGCAAGGCAUCUGAAUCAUCCUUCAGACACUGCAAGUGAAACAGAAAGGCAUAUCUAACAUGCCAAAACGCUGGACAAUAACUCUUUACAGUAAUGCUUUAAAUGGAGACCUGUCAACUAUUUUUGGUGACUGAAAGCAAACUUUUUGAAAAUAUUUUUGAAAAGCUCUUCUCAAACAUGCGGUUUAUUCUGAGGUCAGACUACGCAGUCUGUCAUUUCUGCAACUAACAAACAUUUCUGCGACUAACAAAAGUAUUUGCUUUUUCUCAACAUAUAGAAAAAGUCUGUGUCAGUAGAAGUUUGGGUCUCUAAAGCUCAUGAUUAGAAAACUUCAAUGACGACCAUAUCAUGUUACUUUGGCCUGCCCUGAAUCUUGCACUCUUUAAGUUUUAAGUAACAACUCUCACACAAUGGACCUUCUCUUCAAGUUUAACAUUUUUUAUCUACAAACACAGCUGCAAACUGGUGAGGAAAUUAUGAGAACAGAAAGGAGUGAACUCAACUAUUUAGCUCCAGAGAACACCCUGAUCUUCUUCAAGGACUCACUUAUCUUUGACUUUGCACAGGGAGUUAACACCAUGCUGGAUCUGCUCUGUGACAGACUGUAAAUGAUAAAGCUUGAAUAAAACAAAGACAAAACA